GAGAGAGAGAGAGAAAGAGAGAGGGAAAGAGAGAGAGAGGCGCCGACCAGCCCAUCCGAGACGCCUGGGGUUGCCUUUGGUCUUCAGGAGAAGACAUCCCGACGGAGGAGAGAGAGAGAAAAGACCAUUCUUUUGCUUGCCCCGGAGGGCCGAAGUGGAUUUCUAUCGCCCCCCACUCCUUCCACCCCGACACUGUGGUCCAUCCAAAUGGAUUUGAAAAAGUGUUAACAUCUUUCCAAUGUAUGCGCCCAGAGCGCUCUGCUUUGGCUUGCAGUACUCAGAGGAUGGCCAUGGUCUCUGCAAUGUCCUGGGUCCUGUAUUUGUGGAUAAGUGCCUGUGCUGUACUGCUCUGUCAAGGCUCCCUUCAGCAAACCUUCCAGCAGCAUCAGCAUCUGCCCAGACCAGAAGGAGGAACGUGUGAAGUUAUAGCGGCACACAGAUGUUGUAAUAAGAAUCGAAUUGAGGAGAGAUCACAGACAGUAAAGUGUUCCUGUCUACCGGGGAAAGUGGCUGGGACAACACGGAACAGACCAUCAUGUGUUGACG